AAUACACAAGUUUCCCGCCAAUUGUAAUUGUACAACAAAUACUUGAAAACGGAAAUAUGUGUGAAGAAAAAUCGGAAAAUAUAUCUGUAUUACGAGCAAUGAAUUGUGAAUUAAACCAUCUUUCCAUGCCUGAUGGGUCAGCAAUGCUAAUGCAAGGAGAUACUGCAGUAGUUGCUGGAAUUUAUGGACCAAUUGAAGCAAAACCACAAAAAAUGAUUUAUGAUAAAGCAUCGGUUGAAGUAUCGUAUACCCCAAUCAAAGGUCCAGCUAAGGUGGAUGAUAGAAUGACAGAAAUGUAUAUUAACGAAACAUGCAAAGCUGCGAUAAUUGUGACUUUUCAUCCAGCGACGUCUAUAUGCAUUAAUAUACAAGAAUUAAAAGAUUCUGGUGGUAUGUUAGCUUGCAGUAUCAAUGCAGCUUGCUUGGCACUUAUUAAUGCUGGAGUUCCAAUGAAAUUUACUAUUGCGGCAGUUAAUUGCAUGAUACAUGAAGGAAAUGACGAAAUUAUACUAGAUCCUGAUGAAACUCAAUUACAGGAAGCUAAAGCGGAAUUCACGUAUGCAUUUGAUAGUGUGAAGAAAGAUGUUAUAUGUUGUCAUACUACUGGAUGUUUUACCCAAACAGAAUUUUUAGAAUCAAUGGAUAAAUGUAAACAAGCUAGCCAAUAUGUAUUUGAUUUUUAUAGAAAUCUUGUAAAAAAGUAUGCGAAUGUGAUAUAA